UUUACGGGAGCUCGCGGAGGACAAACAUCCUACCAUCUCGCCGCGCUCCUGGCGCCAAGUCACCGAGGCGAUACUAGCCAUGAGCAUCGUGGUGAGGACGGAGCCGCUGCGUGGGGCCGAGCCCCCUUGGCUGGUGCCCGGCGACUCCUACUCGGUGGUGGUUCUGCUGCGGGGCUACGCCGAGCCCGAAGGGGCGGGCGCCGUGGUGCGCGCCGACGGCUCGGUGACGCUAGUGCUGCCUCGGUCCUGGCCCCCGGCCCCCGGCCACCGGGCGGCGCUGUCGGCGGACGGCGGCGCGGAGGCCGCUCUGCAGGCGGCGGCGCGGGGCCCCAUCCUGGUGGACACCGGGGGCCCCUGGGCUCGGGAGGCGCUGCUGGGGGCCCUGGCGGGCCAGGGCGUGGCCCCGGGGGACGUGGCUCUGGUGGUGGGGACGCACGGCCACUCGGAUCACGUCGGGAACCUGGGGCUGUUUCCGGAGGCGGCUCUGUUGGUCUCGCACGACUUCUGCCUCCCCGGGGGCCGCUAUCUGCCCCACGACCUGCGCGAGGAGCGGCCCCUGCGCCUGGGGCCCGGCCUCGAGGUGUGGGCCACUCCGGGCCACGCGGGCCGGCGCGACGUGAGCGUGGCGGUGGCGGGCACCGAGCUGGGCACCGUGGUGCUGGCGGGAGACGUGUUUGAGCGCGACGGAGACGAGGACACGUGGCAGGCGCUGAGCGAGGACCCCGUGGCCCAGGAGCAGAGCCGAAAGAGGGUCCUGGGCGCCGCGGACGUGGUGGUGCCCGGCCACGGAGCGCCCUUUAGGGUCGUCCGGGAAGCCUCGCGGGCCGCGGAGGCCGAGAGUUGCGGGGACAGCCGGCCAGAGCUGAGGACCUGACCCCGCAGCAGUGAGCCCCGACGACCUGGCCAGGACAUGGCCAGAGCAAGCGAGGCUGGUACUUCUGGUCUUCCUGCAGACAUUUUCUCCACUAGUAUCACCCUCCCUAUCUACAACCCAACCCGGGGCCCAGGACUGGCUCAGCUCCACCGGGUUCCUCUGUGGACCUGAGGAAAAGGAAAUGACGCUCUUACCGGGAUUCUCCGAAAUAAAUAAUAAGAAAACACA